AUGGCCGAAAGCGCUGGCCCUCGCAAACGGAGGAAACUAUCUGUUUCCCAGGCAGCGCCAGGGGGGGAAUCAGAUAUUCAUAUCACAUGUGUAGAAUACUGGAAUAACAACUUGUAUAUCGGCACUUCUGCGGCUGAGAUCCUCCACCUCGUAUCAUUACCGCCUCAACCCAGCGAUGAAUCCAACGAGCCCAACUUUAUUCUAGCUUCCCGGCUACCAAUAACUGGCAACCAAGACAGGACCGAUGGAAUUCAGCGGAUUGUACUUCUCCCUGCGGUGGGCAAGGCCUGCGUCUUGUGCAACGGCGUGGUGACCUUCUAUUCGCUACCUGAACUGAGCCCUGCUUUCGAAAACACCAAAGUCAGAAACUGCCAAUGGAUUGGGGGACGUGAUUUGAAUCAGAAUGUGGGCGAGGAUUCAACCGAUAGCCCGGUCAUCAUGAUUGCGGCGCAAAAUCGGAUAAUGGUCGUGCAAAUUGGAGACACUGCGCACGGGAUAAGGAGCAUCAAAUUUCCGGGAUGUCUAGUCGGAUCGCGGCGUGACACUAUUGCUUGUGUGGCUGACGAAAACUCAUAUUCGCUUCUGGAAGUUGAGCAUCAACAGAAAAUCCCGCUAUUUCCUAUAUCUUCAUCCAGUGACGUUUUCGAACUCGGCCAUAUGGAAGAUAUCCCUCCGUCACCAUCUACUCUUAAACGGUCAUCCUCUGCAUCCUACAGCAACCCGGAACCUGGAAAAUCGAACACUCAUGGAAGGAGCACUAGUUUGAAUACGUUCGUCGAAGGCUUGGGAGGUAGAAGAGAGAGCCCUCAUUCAAGGGUCGAUCGAUCUAGUAAUCUCACUCCUGAUCUGUUAGGAGGUGCAUCCCCGCGAAGAUCCAUUUCAGGAGAUCGCCGAGAUUUGGAUACAUCUAAAGAUUUGCCUGCAACUCCUGGCCAAGAGCCCGAAACAGACACUCAAAAACCGCUGCCUCCGGCGCCGAAAUUAAAUCUGGCCCGCCUUAAACCGCACAUCGCGUCUCCAACGCCAUCUGAGUUUCUUUUAGUUACCGGUACUGCGGAGACGGAACCAGGGGUUGGUAUGUUUGUCAACACAGAUGGUGAUGUGGUUCGAGGAACGAUGGAAUUCCAAAGAUACCCCGAGACCGUUAUUGUAGACAGUCCGGGGGACUUGAGCGAGGAAGGGGCAAGCUCAGGAUCAACAGAAGGGUUUGUCCUUGCUGUUCUGAAGGUAGAUGAAGACGAAAGUGCCCAGAGAUGCCUUGAGAUACAGCGUUGGGAUGUCAAUCCAGGAGAAGAAGGGCGUCAGAAAUCCUUACUUGAAAUACCGAAUCCAAGUAAAACGAAGGCUUUAUAUGUAGGAUUGGGUCAUACCACCGGAUCUAGCGACCUCAACUUUUUUGAAUUGGGGGAUUCACUUCGAAUGGUUAAGUUACAGACGCCAAAAGCCGGGGGCACGUAUACCCCCUCUGAAGAGACCGAUCCCCGAACAAACGCAACCAUUGAACAGUUACGCAAGGAGAAAGAGCUUUUUGAAUAUCAGGAAUCAUCGGAUUCCGAGACUGGAAAGAAGCUUGGCUCAUCUCAGACCUGGGAAUUAGAGAGAACGAAGGAAGGAGCAGCAUUUGCUCGUGGGUUAGGAAAGGCACGGACUUCUUUAAUCGUUUGGUCUGGUGACCAAAUUUGGAGGGUUUUGAGAAACCCCUUGGCGUUGCAACUAGACAGCCUUCUCGAAAGCACACAGACUUGGAAAGACAGAAGACUUGUUUCUGUCGAUAGAGAUGCUAUUGUCGAUUUACUUGACUCGAUCAAGACGAUUGAACCGAAGACUGAGGCUGAGUUCCUUGGGCUAGGCUACGUAAGACAAAAAGCCGGCUUGCUUCUGUUCGCAGAUCUACUUUCAAUGAGUCCUAAGGAUAAAACAAAUGUGACAAUACAUGCGACCGAAGAAGCCUUGGUGGAGAGUGAUCUCGAUCCUCGUCUCAUUCUUUACUUGGUACCUUUUCUCUCAGAAGAAAUUUUACUAAGUAGAGAGGGGAUCUGGGUUCAUCAUGGGCUGGCUCAGGUAGCGGAAUUCUACCUUGAUCCUCUAUUAAAAUCGAAGGAAGUCACUAUACUAUCCGAUGACCCUGUGCUUAACCUUUUGAAACGCUACCUUUUUGCCUGGCAGAGAAGACGGGGCUAUGGUAGCGUCACGAAUGACACCAAUGUUUUUGACAGCGUUGAUGCGGCCCUUUUGCAUCUGAUUCUAGAGCAAGAAACACAGGCCAGACGCCACUCGCAGCCAGUCACAAGCAUCCACAAUGAAUUGAACGGAUUAGUCGAUCAUUGGAAAGCAAAUUUCGAUCGUGCUAUAUCACUACUUGAGCGUUACCAGCGGCUCUUUGUACUGAGUCGACUUUACCAGAGCAAAAAAAUGUUAGGCAAAGUGCUGAAAACUUGGCGCAGAAUUGCUGAAGGGGAGAAAGACGACGAUCCUAGUGUCACAAUUACCGGUGUAGAAGAACACGUUCGCAAAUAUCUUGGAAAAAUAAGGGACAUGCAACUGGUCGAAGAAUAUGGCUCUUGGUUAGCGUCACGAAAUUCGAAAUUAGGUAUCCGGGUAUUUUCAGACGAUAGCAGCCGCCUUAAACUCGACCCCAACGAGGUUGUGAAGUUGCUAAAAACCCGUGCUCCCAAUGCGGUACAGGACUAUUUGGAGCAUCUUGUCUUUUCCAAAAACUAUUCACAAUAUGUGGACGAUCUCAUUGCAUAUUAUCUCGAUACAAUCCUUAACGUCCUACAAUCUUCCCCCGAUGCACGUGCAUCAUUAAAAGAGUCAUACUCCACAUACCGUGCACUACGUCUGCCAAAACCGACUUAUCUUCACUUUAUAUCCGAAAAUGCUCCACCCGAAGCGUGGUGGCAGUCACGUUUACGACUACUUCAGCUUUUAGGUGGGCCUAACACAGUAUUUACCUCAACUGCUGGUAGAGAUCUUUCUUACUCAAUUUCGGCUGUGCUAUCCCGAAUCGAACCAUUUCAAGAUGAGUUGGUAUCAGAAAGUAUCAUUCUAGACGGUCGCCAGGGCCGACACAAAGAAGCACUACGUCUUCUGACUCAUGGGCUUGGUGAUUACGACUCGGCAAUCCGAUAUUGUCUCUUAGGUGGAACCUCAGGCACCCAGUCCGCUGCAUUCGCUUUAUCUUCAACCACAGAAAAUAUCAAAGGGUCAGAACAAGCAGAUAUGUUCAAAUACCUUCUCACAGAAUUCCUCCAUAUCGAAAACGUUUCAGAUCGCAUCGAAAGAACUAGUGAUCUACUUGCCCGUUUCUCGCAUUGGUUUGAAGUGCAUGAAGUUUUAUCCCUGAUACCGGAUGACUGGAGUGUCGAUAUCCUGAGCGAUUUUCUUGCACACGUCUUUCGCGAUCUCGUCUCUCAGGGCCGAGAGGUGCGGGUACAAAAGGCACUCAGUGCAAGUCUAAGCCUUCGUAUAGGUGUUGAAUACCUAGAAGAUUUGGAGAAACGCGGGGGUUGGGUCGAGGAUGAUCAAGGGUUGAGGAGCCUAAAACCCGUUUCUGAGAAUUUCAGGGUUGAAGCGAACCAGACAGACGAUGGAGAUGACUUUGGUGAUAUGGUUAGUGCUGGGAGAACUUGA